ACAGGUCGGUCGAUGUAUAUACCCGCAUAAAAUCCGUCGUCUCUUAUCUAGUUGUGCCCCUUUCUAGGUCAGUCACGAUCGCGGGACAGGACGCUGAGUGCUUGCAAAAUGUAAAUGUGUCUCGAUGUGUCUACAUGACGAUUAUCACAACAAAUGGUAUAAAAACCUGAUAUGACUAGCCUGCUCGUGACUGCCACCGUCGCCAUUAAGCCCGCGCUCCUGGAAAAAUCAACACCCUCCCUGUUCUUCAGCUGAGAGGACCCCGCUAUAACGCUAACCGUGUCGGCCGGUCAAGAUAUAGAACGGAAUUCAACCGGAAGGAAACUAUCAAAUAGUAGAAAUUCUUUCACUGACAUUUGCAGUGAUCAGUUCAACAUGGCCUCUGUGGACACUGAAGCGAACAUCUCUGUUUUCGGUACAGACACCAGAGAGAUACCCCUAGGGGUACGGCUGGCGGGAGAAUUUACCCUGUCGGGAAAAACUGUCCGACUUGAGCUGAUCGACUCGGGUCUCACCUGGAGAGGUCAAGGUCAAAGUACAGACAGUCGUGUCGAAUGGGAUGACGUGAUCACUGCCUACCUGGGCGGGGUGUCCCGGGGGCCGGGCGUGAAGGCGAGGGUGGGGGUGGCGCCACAGGAGGACAGAUUCACCCUACACUACAUCGAACAUCAGGAGAACAACAUCCUCAGACACAAACACGUUACGUUUAUAGGACAUGCGGGACAACAGAAGGAAUGGCUAGACUGUGUAGCUGAUAAAACUGGACAGGGUCGCCCUAAAUGUCUGCUGACUCUGGUCAACCCAAUCGGGGGACAGAAGAAAGGAGCCAAGCUGUACGAGACUAUUGUAGAACCACUGUUUGCACUGGCGGGGAUUGACGCGAAGCUUAUAAUCACAGAAAGAUUCCGUCAUGCAGAAGAAAUAGCCAAAACGUAUGACUUCUCCACUGUGGACGGGUUGAUUGUGUCCGGGGGAGAUGGGUUGUUCCAGGAGGUGCUGCAUACGUUAAUACCCCGCUAUAACGAGGGGGUAGACCUUGAUGACCCAGAUGCAGAACUCAAGCUAUUGCCAAUAGCACUUGGCACUCUACCUACAGGCACGGGUAACGGAAUCUCUAUGUCGUGUCAUGGAUGCACGGACCUGGAGACAGGGGCACUCGUGGCUGUCCGAGGGAAGAAACACUAUAUGAAUAUUAUUAGUGUGCAUGAAUACCCUGGUCCCCUAAUAGGAUAUGCCGGUUGUGCCCUUGGCUAUGGAUUCUGGUCGGACUUGCUGAUGAAGACGGAUGACAAUCGCUGGCUGAAGACAUUUCGUUACCAUGUGGGUAUGGCGAAGAGUCUAGCCUCCAAGAAACGUGAGUUCCACGCAGAGGGGGAGUAUCUGCCUGCUCAAAGACCACACAGGGAUGUCCGCGCUGGUGAAGAUGUAGACAAAAACGCCCACUCGGAAGGUUGGGUGAAGUUUUCCGGCACGUAUACCGGCAUCAAUGGAAUGUUAGCUGGCUUCCACCAGGUGGCCGGCCAGGACAAGCUACAGAUUGGUCAGCAGGGCGCCGGGAUUAACGUGCUGCUGGAGACACAGACGGGGUCAAUAGCCUACUUAAAGUGGCUGUAUCAUUUCCAGAACAUGAACAGUAAAGUGUUCCACGCAGAGCAUGUUGAGGAGCACUAUGUUACAGGAUACAGAUUUCGUGUACUCGAGCCUGAGACAACAGAAACUCAGGCUCAGACUGAGAAGAGAGAUGAACUUGAGCGCACCAUCAGCUUCGAGGGAGAGUUCCGUCGCACCAAGUCCAAGUCAAUGGAUGUCCGAGUUCGACCAAGGGUGAUACAAUUCUAUGCCUCAGACUACGAGUUUUGGUAACAUCUGUACGCAGGCGACAGAAUGGUUGUCAGUUGAGUACCACGGCGGCCGAAACGGGGGUACUGCAUGUACUUUACCACAUCACAUCAUUGGACGACUUGCAAUAUAAUAUAUGCUAUGAAUAUUAGAAUUAAGGACAACCAGCCCAGGUGUCCGAUAUGUCACAUGGUAUAUUCAGAAAGGUAUGUCCAUGCUGAUGUAUUUCCAGUUGUUGCACUAAAGAUUUAUUUGAGAAUCCGCAACAACAAAUGAAGUUAGCGUUGUCACUUGAACCAUUAACACAGGAGAACAUAGCCUUGCAUUGUAGCACGGCUCGUCCAUUUUGUUUAUUAACCUUGGUUACUCAACCAGUCACUCCAGCUAGAUUCAGCAUUACAAGUGACAGUAUGGUAGACAACUAACGUAGACAACAAAAGUGUAUAUAGUGAAUGUACAAUCUUCCUGUGAAAGUAGUAACCUCUGUAUAUGAGAGUCACAUGCUUGUUUGAAUAAAUAAAAUUAUACAAAUGAAA